AUGAUCUUCCCCACGCUUGGCGUCGUUGGUCAGGGUGACGACCGAAAGGAUGUCUUCUUCUACCAAGCGGACGAUGACCACUACAUCCCUCGAGCGUUGCUGCUGGACCUGGAGCCCCGUGUGAUCAACAUGAUACAGAGCGAAGGGUACCGAGAUCUCUUCAACCCGGAGAACGUCUUCGUCAGCAAGGAGGGUGGCGGUGCUGGGAACAACUGGGCCAGCGGCUACCGGCAGGCGGAGGAGCAGCACGAUUACCUCAUGGACAUGAUCGAUCGAGAAGCGGACGGGAGCGACAGCUUGGAGGGGUUCGUGCUUUCGCACUCCAUCGCCGGAGGGACUGGAUCAGGGAUGGGCUCAUACCUGCUGGAGAGACUGAACGACCACUUCCCCAAGAAGUUGAUACAGACCUACUCCGUCUUCCCGAACGCCACACAGAGCCAAAGCGAUGUCGUGGUGCAGCCGUACAACUCCAUCCUUACCUUGAAACGGCUGACUCUCAACGCGGACGCUGUGGUGGUGCUGGACAACACGGCUCUCAAUAGGAUAGCGGUGGAUCGCCUCCGCAUCCCCAACCCCACCGUGGGGCAACUCAACUCCAUCGUGAGCACCGUCAUGGCUGCCUCGACGACAACUCUGCGGUAUCCCGGGUACAUGAACAACGACCUGAUAGGUCUGGUGGCGUCUCUCAUCCCCACCCCUAGGUGUCACUUCCUCAUGACCGGCUACACCCCUCUCGUCAUCAGCGACACUCAGACGAGUGCCGUGCGAAGAACGACCGUGCUGGACGUGAUGCGACGACUGACCCAGACCAAGAACAUCAUGGUGUCAGCCAGCACCAAGAAGGGUUGCUACGUCUCCAUCCUCAACAUCAUCCAGGGAGAGGUCGAUCCCACACAGGUUCACAAGGCUCUGCAGAGGAUACGGGAGCGAAAACUGGUUAGCUUCAUCCCAUGGGGGCCAGCAAGUAUUCAGGAAAGGACCCCCCCCUUGUAUAGUUUGCUUUUGUGUUUUUUGUUUACCAGACCGACAUGUGGCGCCUACUUGUCGGGGGAGAAGCUGUUGUACAACUUUGAUUGGGUGCUCUGCAUCACUGCCGCCGCAGUGAAGCGACACUCGUUUUGCGUUGGUGGAGCAGGCCAGUCACAGUCGAUCCUCUUCGUGUAGCGGGAGUGCCCAUCCCUCAUCCCUGUCGACAGGUGUUCUUAGGAAGCGGUUGUCAUGGUGGCGCACCUCAGCGAAACACAACAGGAGAUACACGGUGCCCUUUGCAUGCUCUUACUCAAGUGCUUUUUGCCGAGUGAUGCAUUCGUUCGUUCACACACGUUCUGGUGGAAAGAAUUAGUUGGCACGGCGUGCUCUCUCGGCAUCCACGAAUGAUGUUUGCACUUUUGCGGCACCUGAUUGUGACAGGUGGCUUUGUCGAGGAAGUCACCGUACGUGGAGAC